AUGGCACCUCGAGGUCGUCAGAAUACCACCGGGCGCGAGGCGCGAAACACCACUCGCACAUCACGAGGCGGAAUCUCUAAGCGCAAGGCUGGUCGCGUUGAUGGCGACGGCGAUAUGGAUAUGGACAAUGCCGGUCGGCGUGCCAAGAAAACCCCUACCACCGCCGCCAAAUCCACUCCUACUCGCUCUAGUGCCCGUACUUCAACGCGUGGAGGUCCUUCCAAGAAGGCCCAAAAUGUAAUCGAAGCACUUACCAAUGGCACUGCUGGAUCCCUCGCCUCUCGUGUUUCGAACGUUGGUUCUGGCAGGACUCCUAAAACCCGGUCCCGAGACAUGACAGGCCUUACGCUGCUGCGAGUCGGCGGUUUGAAGGAAAGCAAAGCAGCCAACAAUUCUGGGGGCGGCGUCAACGAUCUUCUUGGUUUCAUGGAGCGGAAGGCCGGAUCAUUCCGAACAAAUUCAAAGCGAAAGGUCGCAAUCAAAAAGCACCAUCCCGUUGGUGAUUACGUCUACGUAGGCGCGACUGAGGAGGAUGCUGAGGAGCUGAUUAAGCUCAACUCUUUUACGUUUGCUGGCGCACCUUUGGAGGUCAUCAAGGUCGAUGAGAUUCCGGCCAGAGGUGCGGUGGUGGAGUCCAAGGAGACUACGGAGCUUCGUGGCAGGCUUCGAGAAAUUCUCAGUGCAAGAUAUGUCGGUGACAACAAGCUCCUUAGGUUGGACGCCCUGGCUUCCGACGCAGAGCUUGUCGCUCUUGGCAUGUUCGAGAACCGUGACCGAGCUCUCAAGACGUUCAAGGGGCUUAUGGCUGUAUGCGAGAGUCUCUUCAAGAGUUCUAAGGAAAAGCAAGAAGCGAUCGAAAGCAUCAGCCUGGCAAGCAACAAUAUUGAUGAUGUGGAACAAGUCGAGAUCAUCGCCACGACUUUUCCUCACCUCAAAAACCUCGACAUGAGUGGCAACCAGGUGGCUUCCAUGCAAGCGCUCCAGCCAUGGAAAGGAAAAUUCAAGUUCCUCGAAACAUUGUUCAUGACAGGCAACCCCAUCGAAACUGCUGACCCAAAUUAUCUGGCAACCCUUCUGGAAUGGUUCCCCAAACUACAGAACGUCAACGGCAAUCAACUCCGUACACCCGAACAGAUUGCUGCGCAGGAGGCUGCCAUGUGGCCUACCCCUAUCCCCCAAAACGGGCCCGAUUUCCGAGACGUUGCCAACGUUGGUGAAAACUUUCUCUUGGAGUUCUUUGCUUCAUAUGAUAGCGACCGACCCGGCCUCACAUCUAGAUUGUACGAUGAGGAAAGUCGAUUCUCCAUUUCUAUUGACACCCGAGCUGCCCCGGAUCCGGCAGCGGCGCCCCCCAUUUCAUGGUCAUCUUACAUCAAGCUCUCCCGCAAUCUGACCAAAAUCACCAACCCCAAUGCUCGUGUCCAACGACUUUUCAAGGGUGCUGCCAGUAUUCAAGACGCCUGGAAAACCCUCCCUCUUACACGUCACCCCAAUAUCAAAGAGGAGCUCACCAAGUACAUCAUGGACUGCCAUCCCUUGCAGGGACUGAUCGACCCCAGUGGCCAGAGCACUGGCGGCGUUGAUGGCUUAAUCAUCGCUGUUCAUGGUGAAUUUGAUGAGCAAGACCCCAGUACCAAUAUUGCGGGAAAGCGCAGUUUCUCUCGAACAUUCGUCCUUGGGCCUGGAAAACCGGGACAGAUGAUUCGGGUCGUCAGCGACAUGCUCUCGCUGCGAACGUACAGUCUGCUCCCAAAUGUGUUUGUGGCACCUGCCCCAGCACCUGCAGACCAACAUCAGGCCAUGAUCGUCGAACUCUCCAAGCAGACGGGCAUGACAGCCCAGUACUCUGAGAUGUGCCUUGCCCAAGUCAACUGGGAAUUCGACAAGGCUUUGUUGAUGUUUAAUGAGAAGAAGCCACAACUCCCAGCUGAGGCUUUCGCUACAGCCGGUGUGCCAUAG